ACAUUUCUCUCACUCACUUUCAACCAUAAUUUUCAUCCCAACUCAACAGUAUAAUUACUGGGGGAACUUUGUCUCUCAGCUUUAGUUGCAGCCAUGGCCAGUCACGCAGCUCUUGCUUCCUUAAGAAUCCCAGCCACCACCAGGCUUCCUUCCAAGACCACUCACGCAUUCCCCACUCAAUGCUCCACCAAGAGGCUGGAAGUAGCUGAAUUCUCUGGCCUUCGAUCAAAUGCAAGUGUGACAUAUGCCACUUAUGCCAGAGAAGGAUCCUUCUUUGAUGUUGUGGCUGCUCAACUUACUCCUAAGACUGCAGUAGCAACUCCUGUAAGGGGAGAGACAGUGGCCAAAUUGAAGGUGGCCAUCAAUGGAUUCGGACGCAUUGGCAGGAACUUCCUCCGAUGCUGGCAUGGCAGGAAGGACUCACCCCUUGAUGUUGUUGUUGUCAAUGACAGUGGUGGUGUCAAGAAUGCUUCACACCUUCUGAAAUAUGACUCACUGCUGGGAACUUUCAAAGCAGAUGUGAAAAUAGUGGACAAUGAUACCAUUUCUGUAGAUGGUAAGCCCAUCAAAGUUGUAUCUAACAGGGACCCUCUCAAGCUGCCAUGGGCUGAGUUUGGCAUUGACAUUGUUAUUGAGGGGACGGGAGUUUUUGUGGAUGGCCCUGGUGCUGGAAAACACAUCCAAGCUGGUGCUAAGAAAGUCAUUAUCACUGCUCCAGCAAAAGGUGCCGACAUUCCUACUUAUGUUGUUGGUGUCAAUGAAAAGGAUUACACUCAUGAUGUUUCAAACAUUGUCAGCAAUGCUUCUUGCACCACAAACUGUCUGGCUCCUUUUGUUAAGGUCAUGGAUGAAGAAUUUGGCAUUGUCAAGGGAACAAUGACAACUACUCACUCCUACACUGGAGACCAGGUAAAUAUAGGAUCUGCCAAUAAUAUGAGCAACUUAACAAGUGAAAGAUUGAUAGUUCUUUUGUGUUUUUUCCAGAGGCUCUUGGAUGCUUCACACAGGGACUUGAGGAGAGCUAGAGCUGCAGCAUUGAACAUUGUUCCAACAAGCACUGGUGCAGCCAAGGCUGUGUCUCUUGUGCUUCCUCAACUCAAGGGUAAACUCAAUGGCAUUGCCCUCCGUGUGCCAACACCAAAUGUGUCAGUUGUUGACCUUGUUGUGAAUGUUGAAAAGAAGGGCAUGACAGCUGAAGAUGUCAAUGCAGCCUUCAGAAAGGCCGCUGAUGGUCCAUUAAAGGGCAUAUUGGCUGUGUGUGAUGUUCCUCUUGUGUCGGUGGACUUCCGAUGCUCUGAUGUUUCCUCCACCAUCGACUCUUCACUAACCAUGGUUAUGGGAGAUGACAUGGUCAAGGUAGUUGCAUGGUACGACAACGAAUGGGGUUACAGCCAAAGGGUUGUUGAUUUGGCACAUCUGGUAGCACGCAAGUGGCCAGGCGCGCCUGUAGGAGGAAGUGGAGACCCAUUGGAAGAUUUCUGCAAGACAAAUCCUGCAGAUGAGGAGUGCAAAGUUUAUGAAGCUUAAACUGAUCUGCAUCCUAUUUUUUGUCUGUUUGGUUAAUGAUACAGGGCCAAAGGUUUUCCAUUGUCCAUUAUCAUCAAAUCCUUACUUUGUAAUGACAACUGAGUGAGAUGAACCAGAAAUUUUUAUCAGAUAAUAUAUGUCCAGGCAAUCCUUGCAGUUGCAGUGAA